ACAUGCAAGCUAAAAGACAUAUACUAAAUAUAUAGUCAUAGAAAGACUUCAAACGUAGUUGCAUUGUUACAACUCCGGAUACAACUGGAGUAAAAGUGACAAAAAUAUGACACUAACAUGAUAACACAAAAGUUAUAACAUGACAGCCCACGAAAAUAUUGCUGCAUCUUCUGGUGAGGUAUUACCAUGGCUGUCCUGUGUUGAGAAACAGUCAGAACUUACUGAUGUUACUCCUGGAGAAUAUGUCCUCAGAACACUAUUUUCUGAGUUUACAAGUCUCACUGACAGAAAGCUUGAAUAUGUUCUGGCUGAACCAUUGGAAAAACCACUGUCAAAAUCGCUGCAACGUGGUGAGGAUCCUCAGUUUGAUCAACUUCUACGUUCGCUCAAUGCAGUUGCCAAAUACAGCUUGUCAUCUCUUCUUAAAACAUUGUUCCAAUGGUAUUCAUUGCAGAAAGAGCAACGUCCAAGAGUAGAUUCUGUUGAUGGUCCGAAGAAUAAAAAUGGCAGUAAGAACAAAGGAGGAUUACCCGAUUCCCCAAAACUGGCCACGAAGGCCUCUGGUAAAGAACUGGACUAUCUUAUGGAGAGAAGAGACCAUGCAAUUGAUUUUUUGUUGUGUCUGGUGCUUAUUGAAGUUUUAAAACAGCUUCCAGAACAUCCUGUUGAUGAGUCACUAACUAUCCACAUUGAAAAUCUUGCGUUCAAAUGUUUUAAGCAACGAAGUUCGUUUGGUGACAGCCCUAGUGCGACUAAUGCGAAUAUUAUCGCCGCAUUGUAUGCUGAGGUUAUUGGAGUGCUCGCCCAGACCAGAUUUCAGUCUGUCAGAAAACGCUUCCUGGCGGAGUUCAAGGAAAAUGCUGGAAACAGUGAAAUGUUGGUGAAUGUCAUAUGUGGAAUGAAAUAUCUUAGAAUUAAGCUUUUCCCAGUUGAACACGUCGAGGAGACAUUUAUGUUCUUGCAGGAUUGUGCAAAUGUUUUUAUUGAAACAAGAGACAGAGAUAAAGAUGUGAAAUAUGCAUUAGCUGGCGUGUUUGUUGAGAUAUUAGUUCCUGUUGCAGCUACAGCAAAAAGAGAACUUCAUAUUCCAGCUUUGAAGAAUUUCAUUGAUUUGCUUUAUCCUUAUGCAUUCGAUAUGUCAAAGAAGAAUAAACAUCUUCAUUCUAUGUAUCCGUUAGUUGCUGUUUUGAUGUGUGUUGGUCAGAAACAGUUUUUCUUGACUCAUUGGCCAUUUCUACUAAAUGCGUGUUUGACUAAUAUUAAGCAUCGUGAUACGAAAUUACAAAGGAUAUCUUUAGAAUGCCUGUAUCGAAUGUUGUGGGUGUAUGUAAUCCGUAUUAAAGGUGAAAAUAACACAACAACAUUAAGUCGUCUACGAAGUGUUACUGAUGCAUUAUUUCCAAGAGGUGGAAGAACAGUGAACCCGCGUGAUGUUCCAAUCACUAUUUUUGUCAAAAUAGUUCAUUUUAUAUCACAUUACAAUCUAGACUUUGCAAUGCAGGACAUUAUCUUUGAUCUCUUGAGUGUUGGACGUUUCAGACAGAUUUAUCCUGAGAGGAUGAAUAUUGGUCUAAGAUCGUUCCUGGUGAUUGUGGAUAGUCUGCAAAAGAAGGAAGGUGACCCUCCAAUGCCAAAUACAACUGGAAUAUUACCAUCAGGAAGUUCUUUACGCGUGAAAAAAAGUUUCCUAAAUAAGCCAUUGACUGAAGAAGCCGCCAAAGAUCUUGGAAUUUUCAAGUAUUUUCACAGUGUAUGUAAAGCACUGGAGAACAUUCUUAACAAUCUUGACCUGCAAGUUGGGAGACCAUUGAUGAAGAACAGUCAACAGUGUUCAAAUAAAGAUCCUUAUGAUAUGAUCACUGGAGAGAGAAAACCUAAGAUUGACUUAUUCCGAACAUCUGUUGCCUCAAUACCUAAGUUGAUUCCACAUGGUAUGAGUAAAAAUGAUAUUGUUGGCUUACUAUCAAGAUUAACUAUUCACGUCGACGAAGAACUGAGAAGUCUUGCAUUUUCAUCACUGCAGAGUUUGAUUAUUGAUUUUGUGGAAUGGAGAGAAGAUGUAAUUGUUGGUUUCGUGAAUUUCAUCAUGCGGGAAGUUCAGGAUCAUCACGCAGCAUUAUUGGAUGGAUUGUUGCGAAUGGUUUUAAAGAUGUUGGCCCAAUGGAAGACAUUAAUCACCAUGUCUGAAUAUGAACGCAAGGGCACAUUUCAACAAGCUGACAUCACAAUUCCUAUGAAUGCAAUUCACUGUAUUGAAGGAUGCGGGCUGGCUAUGCUCUGCAGUGUUCGCCAAAUACCGCGGAAAUUAGCUUUGUCGUUGCUGAAAGAAGCUCGGGUGUUGGGCAAUCUCGUUGCGAAGAAUAGUUCGGAAAUCUUUGUGAUGGAUAUAAUUGAUGAGAUCUCGUCGGAUAUUUUGACCAGUGUUUUGAAAAAUAUAUCACCAGAGGAUAAGAGUUUGUUCAGUUCAUCUAUCAACAUGGAUCUACAGUGGUUUGUGGAUAGAUUACCGCCAUGUUUUGAUACUGAAACUGGCGAAUGUGGCGAAGCACGUCAUAAUGAUCUGUGGUGUUCAGUUGUAUCUCAAUUACUACUUAAGAAAAAUAUUCCUGACUCAUGUCCAGUGGCUACACAGUUCAGUUGGCAAGCAGUUCACCAUAGAAUGUUUACUGUUUAUUCUUUCAUUGAUCAAAGUCCUUCUGGUAUGGAUUCAUUGACAAGUCUUGGCUCUGUUUACAGUCGUUCGGCAAAGAAAGUAUUUAAUUUAUCCGAUAUUUACUUGUGGCAGAAUUAUUUAAUGUUCGCCUGUACCGUUCAUCCUGUCACCACUAUUGAUCAACUCACGUGUGAAAACGACAAUGGAAAUUCUUCAGACGAAGGAAAGUCUGAUCCAAGACCAUCGACGCCUGACAGAGUAGAAAGUUUAUUUAGAUUUGCAGUGGCUUUAGUGCGCAAUGAAUGCAGUGAAGUACGAAAUGCUGUUAUCACGUGCCUGGGAAGAGUCAGUCCUGCUUCGUACAAGGAGUUUGUUGACGAGCUUCAAGUAUCAUUAUUACAAUAUGUUUUCGAGAAACGUACUGAGAAUUUACGAAAGCGUAAGAAAAGAGAUAAUAUACGAACAUAUCUGGCGAAAAUCUUUGAACUGAAUGCAGAGCAUGGUUGCUUCAGAGAAAGUCCUAGCGUUUUAUCCGAAGAAGGUGCUUUAUCUCCGACGUUCGUUGAUUACAUUGAGAACACAAGAUUAUAUUUCUGCAGUGGUGAAGCCGACAGAGAUCCUUCAGCUGUACAACAACUUAAACUUAAUUUUGCAAGAUUUAUUUAUAAUAUGAUAAAGAGUAUUCCACAUUGUACACUAUGCAAAGGCCAACUACUCUCUAAUGAGAUCAGAGGAAACCUAUUUUCGCUCUUAAGUUCGUGGUGUUCGAAAGCAAGCAACUCUCCGCCUUUUGAGAAAAUGAGCUUGCUACCACCAGAUAAACGAAGGGAGCUGGAAAUUGCAGCUAUUCAGGCUCUGUGCGCCGUACUUUGUUGUGGUCCAGUAUUUGAUAAAACUGGACUGACCGAUAAUGGUUAUUUUUAUCAAUGGAUUGAGAAUGUCUUGUCUUCGCCAGACGAAAAGAUAAAUUUUCUUGGUCAGGAAACUGUGGAAGUUCUUCUUGACUUAAAUGAUGAUGUUCCAUCAUUACUGGAAUGGGUUAUCAAUAAAUGUUACACAGGAAAUAAAGUGAUUUCUAAUAAAUGUUUCCAGGCUCUCACAACUGUCAUGAUUAGAAGGCCAUAUCCUUGUGAAGCAAUCUCUGUCAUCGGUGUGGUUCUUUUCAAGACCUCCAGUGCUGAUCCAGGAGAACGAGAAAAAGCUGCUCAGUUGUUGCAACUGUUGGAAAGACGUUUCCUCUCAUACUGUGCACCAGGUUUAUCAAAAUAUUCUCAAAGCCCAAUGGACUUAUCACACCGAUUGGCAAAUUUCCAUCCGGAACUUACGAUCCCUCUGCUUGCUGAACUAACAUACAGAUUUGAGACCGCACCUUUUGCAUACCAACGCAUUAUCUUGAAGUAUAUGUUACCAUGGUUAUGUAACGUUCAGCUGGUGGAUAUCAAUAGAACAACACCUGGUACACGUGACUCGCCUGACGAGGAGAUAGUAAACAAUGCUGACAUUGAGAGUCCAAUGCCACAUAUAGAGAUGACAGGGGAUGGAUGGGGAUCAAGUAAAGCCACCCAACUGGUUCUUAAUAAUCUAUUUCUCCUAACUGUCAAAUACGGUGAAGAUUUUAAUGUAGAAUUUGAAGAUCUCUGGACUGCAUUGUCUAACGCUUGGAUUGGAAAUAACCACGAAAUUUUGAAUUAUCUCAACAUUCUCGCAGGAGUCGCUUCACAUCGAGAAUUUUUUCCGCAUGCGAAGAGACUUAUCGUGUAUUUAGUGCGCGCCAACAAGGAAGGCACAAUACAAACAUUAAUGGAAGAACUUCAGUUGACAGAACCAGUUGCACCUCAGUUUGAACGAUGUGAUCAACCUCCAUACUACACCAUGAUUUAUAAAGAUCAUUCAACUUCGAUCCUCGCCGAUAGUGAUGACAGUAAAGAAGAAAAAAGAAACGAAAUUAAAAUUAAAAAAGAUAUUGAUGUUGUUGAAACUAAGGCAGUAGAAAAUUUGGAGCAAAUCCCUAACAACAAGUCGGUGUCUUGCAAAGAUAUAGAAAUCACACUUUGUGAAGAUCACAUGAAAGAUUCAUUCUCUGAUAAUCUCGACUGGGCUGAAUCCUGGGUGUUCUCUGUUAACAAUCAUCGUAGUCGUUUUGGCUCAGGACUUCCAUUACCAACACCUCAAUCAGAACUUAGGUUUGCUUCGUUAAUUGAUGUACUGCCUUUACCUCAGAUGGUCACACCUUUAUACAGAUGCAAUUUUUCAUUAAUUUUGCUGAGUGAAGUUAUCCGCGAUCAGCCAAGAGUGAAUUGGCUGCCACAUCUUCCCUUGAUUCUACACGUUGUUUUUCUAGGUUUCGACCACAGUAAAUCUCUCAUUCAUGAACAUUGCAAAAGCCUGCUGGUCAAUCUUGCAAUCAUCCUUGUGUUAGAAGGAAAUUACUCGAGCAUUGCGCAUGCUCUGAUGAAGUUUCAAUAUUUCUCACAUUGUGCGGCUGAUCUUCGUUAUAACACUGACACAAACAUUCCUCGUGAUGGAACCGUGCUCUCCCUCCCAGAGAAAGAUGCUCCAAAUGAAAGCGACCUGAGUACGUUAGAAAGUCAGGUUGGAGAUAACUGGACGGAAAAAGUAAAGUGGCUCAUCUGGCACUUGACGCAGAGUGAAGGUAAACCUCUGUGGAGUUUUGAAGAUAUAACCACAAAAUCACAGGACAUAAGAAGUGCUACAGAGCUCACUGAAUUCCUUGUACGAGUGUUGGAUAUAUUUGACAGCAAGUUUCCAGGAAGUGAUAUUAGAGGAAAUUGGGCACGAGUUGCAUCGAAGUGGGCAAUUUCAUGUUCAUCACGUCAUUAUGCAGGUAGAUCAUUCCAGGUAUUACGAGGCUUAGCAGUUCAGUUGUCUUGGUCAGUCUUGUCGGAUAUUUUAUCCCGUCUCGCGGAGUCCGUUGGUGACAAUAACGAAGAUGUUCAGGGUUAUGUAAUGGAAAUACUGCUAACAUUAGAUUCUGCAGUUCAACAAUCUGGUGAAUGUAAAAUAAAACCAAAAAUUGUUUUCAUCAACGUUGGAGAUGAUGAGAAUGUAGAUGAAGACAGCGGUGAACAAAUGCUUGGAACAUCGACCCCAGAACGAGCAAUACGUAAUUUACCAAAUAAAUCAUAUGGCCAUAUCAGGUCGUUAAGCAGCGGAUGUGAUCUACGUGGUAGAUUCAAUCAUUUGGAAGAUCGUGGCAGGUUCAGUCAGUUGGAAGAAAUUUCUUCGAAAAUGAGGAGUGUGAGCCUGCAGUCAUUACGUCUUACUAAUGAUAAUACGACAGCAUUGAGCCAAACUGAUCUACUUUCAAGAAUAUUCUGGAUCGCUGUGUCUCUGAUGGAAUCGGAUUUCGAACAUGAAUUUGUCAUGGCAGUUAAACUGUUAUCAAAGGUGUUAAACCUUAUUGAUUUGAGUCACAAAAGCACUCUGGAACGUCUUGAGUCACUUCUUUAUAAACUGAAAUGGCCCCAGUUUUCUGGAGUGCAGAUGUUACUGCUGAAGGGCUUAACAUCUGCAACAACAAGUGCUCCAACGAUUGAAUUGAUCAAGAAUACCAUUCCUUAUAGUAAUAUUUCAAUUAUGGAUGUCUCGGAGUACUCAGGUGUUGCCCUAAGCAUCCUCGCUCUGUUACCUUACAUGAUACAACGUUUCAAUGAACCAGAUGAAUUUUGUUUAAGUUGUGCUGCGACAGUCGGACAGGUUUGUGUGAACAACAACAUGCUUGGUUUUGGUAAACUGUUUGCAAUGUACAAUCAACGUACUUAUCAUAAAACUGUCCAGAUGUGGACUGAAGGUGUAUGUCGGUAUAUUCAUGAAUUUUAUCGUCAGAGCAUUCGUAUCUUGUUGGCAUUUCUUACUGAACUGCUUGAACGAGGACCUCAAAUAAAUCAGACUGCAGUAUUGAAUAUCACUUGUGCUUUAAUGAGACAUAUUGAUUUCAAACUAUCCAGCACUAGACAUAUCCUUAUACCGACUUUGAAAGUCAUAUCAAAGCAUAUCAAGGAUGAUCUCUGGAAGGAAUCAUUAAACGUAUUAAAGCUUGCAGUCUCUAGCUGUUCCCAAUUAGAAAUCCCAGUGCAACGUGCGUCCAGUUUGAUAUUUGAUAGUACAUGGUCGCUUGAUCAGAGUGCGUCUGCUAGACAAGAGCUUCCUGGAAAGACACUCGACUUUACUUUUGAUCUUUCACUUACGGCUGGAUCAGCUCAAGAAGGCCAGGAUAUACCGCAGAGGGGGUUAAAUGAAGCUUCUGCAUGGAAAAGACCUCAAUUAUCACAGCGUCGUACAAAGGAACGUCUCGUGAGCGUGCUUCAUGUGUGUGGUCAUCACAUUGGCUUGAAACAGAGUCCAUCUGUGGUGUUCAGUUCAUCCAGUGAUUUAAUGGUUGAAAAACAGGCUGGUAGCGAUCAUUCUUCUUCAGAUGAAAAUCAGUAUGCUGAUGGAGACAGCAAAGACGAAACACAAGCUAACCAGGCACAACAGUUGAUUGGAGUAUUCACUGGUUUUGAUUUCUUGGAUGACGAAAUUGAUGAGCAUGAUGAUGAUCUUAGUGGCUUUCGUUGGGAUCUGCCAUCAGGUGAAUAUACUACACCAGAACCUGGCGAAUCAAGGUUACGUCAUAGUCCACUCUCUGGUUCUGAACCUGAUAUAGCUGCUUUUAGACUAGACACUUCGGAUGAAGAUGACGAGAUCUCUCGGUCGUUGACUAGCACAAUCUCACCAAGCGUUACAAUGCCGCUGACAGAAGAGGCUCUUCGAGCCCACGAUAAGUCCAAAGGAUUUUCAUCGAACGCUCAUUAUUCACCCCCGUCGGAGUCCAGCCAAGAGUCGGUGGAGUUAAACAUUUCACCACGUCAACCAAGAUUUGUAACGUCAGUACUUGAUAUGCAGAAUAUUGAUGAACAAUGGAAGUCACACGUGACAUCUUUAGUCAACGAUACCACUGGUUCAGCGGCUGUUAAUACAUUUGCAUUGCUAGCGUUACUCUUACGUCAUAUACGACGUAAAGUAAAUGACAUAACAAGGCAAUGUUGUAAUGUUUUAGAUAACAGCUUGUUUGGUGUAACAACGUUAUUCAUUGAUAUUCUCGAAGUUUUGGAUAUCCAAGGAAACUGUCCUCAUGUGUAUAUGGACAGUGAAACAGUUCGACGAUCAAAGAUAUUAGAACGUCAGAAGUUUAUGGUCUUGGAGAUGGAUGAUCACUACAGAAGCUAUAAAGAAAUGUUCCACAAUGCAGAACGUGCUUUAGAAAGAUUGCGUUCCGCAGCUAAACCUCAAGGGGAAUAUCCCUCAUCACAUGAUAGAGAUAUGUUGAGUGCAGAAGAGAGCAAAUACGAAGAUUAUGAAAUAGCAUUAUGUUGGGCGUUGUAUAAACUGCAUUUCCAAGUUCUUCUCUUUUUGGAUAGUUAUUCAAGAUUAUUUGAACAUCUUCACAGACAAGCCAGCAAAGCUGAUAUUGUAGAUCUUACAAACAGAGUUGGCCUGGUAAGAAAUGAAAUUAUUUCAGCUUUGGCCUCAAUAAAACACACUCCAGUUGAUCUAUCAUCCGAAAAGUCGGUGGACCCAAGCGAUAAUCACACGUAUGGUAGUGUGACAGAAUCCAUAAUGAGAAACCUUCACACAAACAACACAGAAUUUGCCGUAAGAACUCUACACGUUUAUCAGGAGAAAUUUCGUAAUAAAGGUGAUCAAGAUGAUGCUGAAUUGUUAACGAAGUUAUACGCAAGAUAUUUGGUAGAAAAAAAGCCGGGAGCUGUUGCUAUGUCAAAACCGGAGUUCACUUUACCACCAGUUAUCAGUGAACUGAAAGAAAUGACAAUUCAUGUUCUCUCUGUUAUAGAAAAACUCAGUCCUGCAGAUAAAACGUAGGCUCUGCUGCUCUAAAGUUUAUUUGAUAGGAAAGUCGCCAUGGGUUAGGUUUAAAAAUAUUCGGUCAUUAACGUUUAUUUUUCUACUUGACAAGCGCAAAUACUGCUGGACGCAGCCAAACGUGUAACGCAUGCGCGAUGAGCAGUUAAAGGAAAACCUGCCAUCAAAAAACACAUGCAGGAGACGUAAAAGACGGCGGUCUUCCAUUGUUGCGUUUUUUAUCCGGGCGUACGCGCAAGUCCACAGAACCAAACCCAAUACAUCUAUUCAUUCAAUAGCUUCACGCUAAUCAUUUCAUUCAGAUGAUGUUUAAUCUUUUUCUUGCGUGUACGUACGUACAGAAUACAAGACAGUAGAGAUCAGCCUGAAGGGCCAGUUUGUGUGACCACAAGUGGGCAGGUUGCAUGGCCUGUGUAUGGACAAAAACAUAGCCAAUUAAGUGCUUGACAUCAUUUACGGGGAAAAAUCGAUGAAAGAUCAUUGUUUCGAAUAUAAUAGCUGAUAAGUUAGGAUGCCUACCUAAGCUGGGAUGAUCCGAAGGGACGAGGAGAAGGCAGAUUGCUAGCACCUCGCUUUUGCCCACAUUAAUUUUACUCCUUAUAUAAAUAAAUAUCACAAGUUUGUGAUUCAGUUUUCUAGGCGCUGCACUAGUUACUUUGAAAUUAGAAUGUUUGAUACAGCGUUUUUUAAGAACCCUGUUCUAUCAAAAUAAGCGAAACAAUAUUAUAAUAGAUUAUUUACGUUAAUCAAGUUAUAAAGAGGGUCCUCAGAGAAGAGUCGUUAAUUUCAUAAAUUAUAUUUGUGUGAAAACUUUCACUGGAUCGUAGCAGGUUUAAUUUAUUGGAGGCAUUUUAUUAGUGAAAAUUAAGCUUAUAUUUAAUUGUAAUAAAUUAUGUUAUUGCGUUUUAUAUUCGUUGUAUAUAACUUGUUUUAAGUUGUAGAAUAAAU